GCACAGUCGCUUGCGUUAAGUACUUCAAACGUUACGGUGACUUUAGUGUGCUUUAAGCUUGCUCCUCUUAGUUUUGUUUCGAAAUGGCUCCUAAAAAAGCAGCUGCUGAGCCAACCGCUACCCUCCCUAAGGAUUCAGAGGCUGAAAACGCUAAAACAGGUGCUGCUGAGAGUAAAGCUGCCGGGCGGAAAGUUUCCCCUCACCCGACCACGAUGGAGAUGGUGAAGGAGGCGCUGAAGGAACUGGACUCUAGGAAGGGAGUUUCGGCGCAGGCUAUCCGUGGAUACAUCAAGGAGAAACACACGAGCGUGGACGAGACACGACUGAAGUACAUGGUGCGACGAGCACUGAAUAAAGGGAUCGAGACUGGCGCGAUCGUGAGACCCGCGAACUCCGGGCCGACCACAACGGGCGCGCAGGGACGCUUCCGGAUUGCUGCCAAGACCAAAGCGCAGACUAAGGAAAAUGCUGAUCCCAAUGUACCUAAAGCAUCCAAACCUAAAAAAGCAAAGGCACCUAAAGCCAAAGAUGAUGGAACGAGCAAAGAGACCCAAAAGCCCACAAAGAAGAAAGCAGCUACAGAUGAUGCUAAGCCUAAAACGCAGGAGCGGGACGCCUCUGCCUCAAAGGUGGCCCCUGCUAAGAAGCCCAAGGCAAAGAAUGCUGCAGGGGAGGGUGGAACAGAGCCCAAACCCAGCAAAGCUAAAAAACCAAAGGCAUCAAAAAAGGAGGGCGCUGAGGAGCCGCCAGCUGCUGCUAAGAAGGGAAAGAGAACUGCAGCGAAAAGCCAGGAGGAUGAUGCAGGAGAGAAGGGAGAUGCAGCAGCCACUAAAGCCACAGGGAAAAGAGGAAAAAAGUGAUACUAUGAUCUUGUUUUUAUCCUCUAUAGUUAUUUUAUGCAUGCACUUGUAUUUCAGAAUAAAACGUUUUACUUCAUAA